AUGUCAAAUCUAAAUUCAAAACUUAUAAAAUAUAAAAAUCUAAAUCUUGUUGCGCAUUUGAAUGAGACAUUCCCUACAUACGAAAAGGCGGUAAUAGAAAUGGAAAAGGAUAAAACCAACUCAACAAAAUCUUAUAUUGAGACAGAAAUUUUUAAGGUAUUUUUGCAAAAUUCUGAUUCUCUUCUCGACAUUCUUAAUACCUAUGAAUCUGUUUACAAUAAAUUAACAGAGUUAAGAGACAUUUACUAUCGCACAAAUUUUCAGAGUGAAGAUGUUGUGCCAGUCGACAAAAAAAAAUUAAGAGAUUUUAGAGGGAUUUUAAAAAAGUUUACAACUGAUAUAUCAAGCUUUGAUACAGGACAGAGGGUUUUAGAGUUUUAUGAAUUUGUUGGUCAGUAUAUAUUUCUUAUGACCAAUGAUAUUUUAUUUAUCGGUAAGAAAAGUGAUGUAAAUUAUACUUUAGUUAAUACUUUUAAUUAUUCAAUUAUAGAUUUAGAAACUACUGAUAAACUUACAGUAAAGAUGGGAGAUAUGAAGUUGGUUUACGAAGGAGAACAAGAAAAUAUUAAUAAAAUCGGGAGAAAAUUUCAACAAUUAAGUUACACCUACGAAGAUUCAGUAUCGACAGAAACUGAAAAAACAUCAUAUGAUGCUGAUUUGAAAGACUAUUUUAUACAAACGGAAAAAUAUGAUGAGUUGAUUAAAAAUGAUAUGAUUUUUAUCGGUGACAAAACAUUGCGAUUUUAUGAUUUUUCCACGUUGCAACGAUGUACCAAAAAAAAUGAUUUGCUACUUGUCUCAUUUCUUAAAGAUAGAUUUAAUGAAUUAUUAUUGAUGAUAAACAAGAUAGAUACAUUAGAAAAUAUAAUUACGAGAGUAUUUGACUACUUUUAUAAGUUUUAUUUUGAAGAAAAAGAUAUUUUUAAAGAAAAAAAUAUUAAAUUUUUAUUAUUGCUCGAAGAUCAUAUUUUGGAAUGUUUUAAAUUUUUUGAAAAAAGAUUACUUAGCAGAAAAUUUUACUCUAAAACGCUAGAUGAAAUUUUAAAUCUAAUUAGUACAAAGUUAAUAUUUGAUAAUAAUGAUUAUUCCUAUAUGGUAGAGUACUUUACUGAUAAAUUAAAUCAGCAAAAAGAAAAAUUUUUAGACAAAGGGCGUGAUGAAAUUAAGCAAGCUAUAAUGGAAUAUUUACGAUGA